AUGGCUUUCCUCUUUCAUCUUGCAUACUCUGCACUCCCGAACACUGCAUAUCGCCGCCCACUAUCCAACUGCGAUCCAACUGUUACGUCGCCAACACCGCAUUUGCACCAGCGAAUACUCCUACACCUCUUGCUCACGCAUCACAACCACCAACCACUCUCCGCACUCCCACACUCUGCCAACGAGUCAGCCAGCCGCCAGCUCCCAACCUCUCCCACAACCACCUCCACCCACCCACCCGCAACCAUGAAGCGCAACAUCGUCAUCUUCCUCAUCGUGCUCAUCCUCUUCAUCCUCAUCGCCCUCAUCGCCUGGUUGAUCUACUACCUCCAAACCCGAAUGGCCGUCGGCGGCGGUGCCGCGAGCAGCGUGAGCGAUGUGACGGAAGUGUAGACCUUGCACACUCGUCCGGUGUACGAAUCAUGACGGAAAAAGAAACCGGUGCUUAUAUUGUCCAGACCUGGACUUGUAUUUACGCGAGAGGGAUACGGGACAUGUGUUUAAUGAGUUCGACACAGCGACACGCGCAUUAGGUUGGCGUUUGGAUUUGAGCAUUGAUUUGGAUUGGGUCGGGAUGGGAUUGGGUCGGAGUCUUCCUUUUUAUAUAUUGACGUCGCUGAGGCGAUUGUUACCCCGUUGGUCAUGCGGGAGGACUGUAAUUAUGUAUACAGGCAUUGAUAUAACUAUCAUAAAUCAACUAUUCUGCCACCCAGAC